CAUGGAUAGCUAGGGAACAAAUUCAAUGCCUUCUGAAACUGUUCUUCCGCCGCAUCAGGUUCUUGCCAUAUUAAGUUAUUAAUAAAAACAAAAAUUGAUAAUAAACUUCAUAAUUUCUUAAAUUAAAAAUUGAAAAGCUGAAUAUUUUGUACUGAUUCAUGAGCUCAACCGUCAAAAAACUGGUGCCGAUGCCGCCGCUUCCAGCAGCGGUACUUGGCGGUGGAUGUGGAAGGUAAUCGGAGAGAUAGGAAGAGUACAAUACAAGAGGAAAUUGUUGUGAAAGGUAACUUUCAAAGUACUUUUAUGUAUCAAACAAACACAACUUUUGACAUUUAUGCAAGUAUUCCUUGGUUCGUUUUACAAAUGAAGUAAAAUUUGAUGUUGAUACCAAAACAGAAAGUGUGAAAUUAGUUUCCUGUCACCUUCGUUUCACCCUGUAAUCACAGUGCAGAUUCGGAUCAUAAUUUCAUUCAUUGCAAAAAAAAAUGGUUAUUUAAGGAUCAAAUCGUUCAGUAGAAAACCAUUUCCAUUCCCAUGGCCACCGAAAACCCUGUCGACGAGGUUGUGUGCGUGACCGGCGCCAACGGUUUCAUCGGUUCGUGGCUGGUUCGAACCCUAUUGGAGAACCCAAACCAUAGAUACACCAUCCACGCCGCCGUCUUCCCCGGCUCCGACGCCUCCCAUCUCUUCACCCUCCACCCCGCCCCCGCCUCCCGUAUCACCGUCUUCCCUGCCGACCUCCUCGACGCCGCCGCCAUUUCCCGCGCCGUCGCGGGAUGCUCUGGCGUCUUUCACGUCGCGUCCCCCUGUACGCUGGAGGACCCCGCGGACCCUCAAAGUGAGCUUCUAGAACCCGCAGUGCGGGGCACGCUGAACGUGCUCGAAGCCGCGAGGAGCGCGGGCGUGCGGCGUGUGGUGCUCACGUCCUCGAUCUCCGCGUUGGUGCCGAACCCGGGGUGGCCGGCGGGAAGGGUAGUGGACGAAGAGUCGUGGACGGACGUGGAGUUCUGCAGGGCGAGGGGGAAGUGGUACCCUGUGGCGAAAACGAUGGCAGAGAGGGCGGCGUGGGAGUUCAAGGGCGGUGUCGAGGUGGUGGCGGUUCUGCCGGCGACGUGUCUGGGUCCAUUGCUGCAGCCGGAGCUGAACGCGAGCUCCGGCGUGCUGCAGAGGCUGAUGAUGGGGUCGAGGGAGACUCAGGAGUAUCACUGGUUGGGUGCGGUGCAUGUGAAAGACGUUGCUAAAGCUCAUGUUUUACUCUACGAAACUCCCUCUGCUGCUGGUAGAUAUCUCUGCACCAAUGGUAUCUAUCAGUUUUCUGGUUUUGCUGACUCUGUCUCUGAAUUGUACCCUGAAUUCCCAAUCCACAGGUUCCCAGAAGAAACACAACCUGGUCUGGUUCCAUGUAAAGAUGCAGCAAGGAGACUAAUAGAGUUAGGCCUUGUCUUCACACCAAUACAAGAUGCUGUGAGAGAAGCAGCGGAGAGCCUUAUAGCUAAAGGCUUCCUUCAGCGCUCACCCUCACAGAGUAAUUAGUUUUUCUCGUCUGCAAAAGUGAUUAUCUUGAUACAAGGGAGAGGUAAUAAUGGAUUAUGUCAAGCUUAUCAAGGUAUAAGUAGAGUAAUUUAUAUCUUAUUUUGUUAUAUUGAUGCUAUAUCAAGGUUUUUGUAACUUAGUAUAGUGUUGUCACAAUGUUCAUUUUAUAAACAUGGAUUAGAUUAUGGUUUGGAUUUAAUUCCUUUAAAAUAAAGAUGUGUGUUAGGUGAAAA